AGGUCAAACUUGGUGGCUUUCAAGAAGGUUUCUGGCUGGCUGGAUUCAGGUUGCAGCUGUUGCUUUAAGACUAGCUGGUAUACUGUGCUGGGUUGCAGUAUCUUUCCUUUGGAAGCAGAGAGGAGUAGGCUCGAGGAAGCUGGAGCCCAGCCCGAGGUGGAGAUGCAGUGUUAGUGCUGGAGCCAACCGAGGGAAGUUCAGAUGGCAUGCUAUACUUAAAGCAAGAAUUCUUCAGAAUCAUCCCUUUGUGGAGGUGCUGACUGUGAAUCCCUCUAGUGCCAGAAUCCCGAGAGGACCUGUGCAGCAGCCUCUAGAAGAUCGAAUCUUCACUCCGACGGUCUCGGCAGUUUACAGCACUGUAACACAAGUAGCAAGACAACCUGGACCUCCCACCCCUUCCCCUUAUUCGGCACAUGAAAUAAACAAGGGACAUCCAAAUCUUGCGGCAACCCCACCAGGACAUGCGUCGUCGCCUGGACUCUCACAGACCCCUUAUCCCUCUGGACAGAAUGCAGCUCCAACCACAUUGGUGUAUCCCCAAGCCCCUCAGACAAUGAACUCACAGCCUCAAACCCGCUCUCCGCCCAGCAGAACAGUGCCAAUACAUUGCACAGACAACUGGAAGAGGAGGAAGGUUUUGGAACAGACUCCCGUUUACAGGUCCUUGGCUGGAAGAGGCUGGAUAAAAUACUGCAUUUUUGCAGCGGGGCCUCGACCUGCCCAUCAUCAGGGAGGAUUCAGACCUAUCCAGUUUUUUCAGAGGCCUCAAAUACAGCCUCCUAGAGCUACCAUCCAGAACAGCAGCCCUUCCAUCCGUCCCGGUGCCCAAACACCAACUGCAGUGUAUCAAACCAAUCAACACAUCAUGAUGGUUAACCAUCUGCCAAUGCCGUAUCCAAUGCCCCAGGGCCCUCAAUACUGUAUACCACAGUACCGGCAUAGUGGCCCUCCUUAUGUUGGGCCUCCUCAGCAGUAUCCUGUCCAGCCUCCGGGGCCUGGCCCCUUUUAUCCUGGACCAGGGCCUGGGGAAUUCCCCAAUGCCUAUGCUCCAGGCCUGUGUUUCAACCUGCCUUCUGCCUCCUUCCACUUGGAUGCCUUCCCAUCAGCUCAAAUCAACAUGCUUAAAAUUGGACUCAUCAUCUUUCCCCCAAAACUGACUCCCCUUCCAGACUUUGCUAUUUCUGUUCAUGGAACACCAUUUUAUCCGAGUCAGCCAGUGUACCAGUCAGCACCCAUCAUAGUGCCUACACAGCAGCAGCCUCCGCCAGCCAAGAGAGAGAAAAAAACGAUACGGAUCCGGGAUCCGAACCAAGGGGGCAAGGACAUAACAGAGGAGAUCAUGUCUGGAGGUGGCAGCAGAAACCCGACCCCUCCUAUAGGGAGGCCUACAUCGACACCCACUCCUCCUCAGUUUUUAUGUUCGCACGCUCAUUAUCACCCUUUUUUGUACUUCAAAUCCCAGCAGCUGUCCAGCCAGGUCCCCGAGCACAGCCCCGUGGUUUAUGGGACUGUGGAGAACACUCAUCUUGCUGCCGGCACCCCUGUCACUGCGCCUAGCGACCCGAAGCAAGAAGAGAAGCCAAAACCAGAUCCAGUAUUGAAGUCUCCUUCCCCAGUGCUUAGCCUAGAGCCUAGCAGCGAGAAGAAAGAACUAGCCAGUCCAGUACCUGAGACGACUCCAGUGGAAUCCAUAGCAGAGCUUCCGCCUCCUCCUCCUCCUCCUCCUCUGUCGCCUCCUUCCAUGGCUCCAGUCGCUCUCAGUACUGUUCCUCCCAGCAGCACCGCUGUCUCUCUGUGUAACCUGCCUGCCUUCACAGCAGAUGGAGAUGAUCGAUGUGAACUUGCUUCCCCCAAAGAGGAUGCCAUACCUUUGCCCAGUCCUGUACCUUGCACAGAAACGUCCACCCCGUCACCAACACACGAAGUAGAAGGUGACAUAUGCAAGGAUCCCUGUAGUGUAGCACCCAACGAUAUUCCACUGAUUGCUACUACAAACCUCAUUAAUGAAAUGAAUGGAGUUAGUGAAAAAUUGACAGCUACAGAGAGUAUUGUUGAAAUUGUAAAACAGGAGACGUUGCCUUUGACUGUGGAUCUGGAAGUCCUGGAAAAUCCCCCUGAAGAUAUCAAAGUGGAACGCAUGUCGACGCCCAUCCCCCUGUCCGCUGUUCUUUCUCUUUCCCCAUCUCCUCCUACUCCCCCAGCUUCACCCCCUCCAGUUCCUGCUGCUCUCACUACAACCAGUGCUCCUAAUGUUCCUGCUGCUGCUCCUGGAGUUUUAGAAGACGAAGAAAACUUGAGAACUGCCCUCAAUGAAGAUGCAAGAGACAUCCAGCCAAAAGCUGAGGUGGAAACAGACGGGCAAUCAGAAGAAAGUGUGGAUUCUCAGAACCUCAAUUCAAGGAAGAGCCCUGUCCCAGCCCAAACAGCUGUAACAGCACCAAAGAUGUGGAAGAAACCAAAAGAUCGGACCCGAACCACUGAAGAGGCAUUAGAGGCGGAAUCAGAGCCUAAAGUUGAAGAGGAGCUUUCAGGCGACAAAGUACUUGAAUCUGAACAGGAUAAAAUGAGCCAAGGGUUUCACCCUGAGCGAGACCCCCCUGACCUUAAAAAGGCGAAAGCUGUGGAAGAAAAUGGAGAGCAGGAAAAUGAGCCCGUGCGAAAUGGAGCCGAGAGUGCUUCUGAAGGGGAAGGAGUCGAUGCAAACUCGGGCUCCCCGGACAGUUCUGGUGAUGGGGUGGCCUUCCCUCUGAAGCCAGAGUCCUGGAAGCCUGCUGACACUGAAGGGAAGAAGCAGUAUGACAGGGAGUUCCUCCUCGACUUCCAGUUCAUGCCAGCCUGUAUUCAGAAGCCCGAGGGCCUGCCUCCCAUCAGUGAUGUGGUUCUGGACAAGAUCAAUCAACCCAAAUUGCCCAUGCGAACUCUGGACCCUCGGAUUUUGCCGCGAGGACCAGACUUUACUCCAGCCUUUGCAGACUUUGGGAGGCAGACGUCUGGUGGAAGAGGUGUACCUAUUUGCAAAGUGCAGAGCAGGCAUGGCUUACCGAUCCUGGAGCAGGGCAAAGCCCCCACGUGCACCCCACUGCCGAUGUCUCACCCCCCACUGAAGAGCCUGCCUCUGGGGUUGUUGAACGUUGGCCCAAGAAGAUCUCAGCCGGGCCAGAGGAGGGAGCCCAGGAAGAUCAUCACUGUUUCUGUGAAAGAAGAUGUCCAUCUCAAAAAGGCAGAGAAUGCCUGGAAGCCCAGCCAGAAACGGGACAGCCUGGCUGAGGACCCGGAAAACAUAAAGACCCAGGAACUUUUCCGAAAGGUUCGAAGCAUCUUAAAUAAAUUGACACCACAGAUGUUCAACCAGCUGAUGAAGCAGGUGGCAGAGCUCACUGUUGACACAGAGGAACGGCUGAAAGGAGUUAUCGACCUGGUCUUUGAGAAGGCUAUUGAUGAACCCAGCUUCUCUGUGGCUUAUGCAAACAUGUGUCGGUGUCUAGUAACGCUCAAAGUGCCCAUGGCUGACAAGCCUGGGAACACGGUGAACUUCCGAAAGCUGCUCCUGAACCGCUGCCAGAAGGAGUUUGAGAAAGAUAAAGCCGAUGAUGAUGUCUUUGAAAAGAAGCAGAAGGAACUGGAGGCGGCCACUGCACCAGAAGAGAAGACGAGACUUCACGAUGAAUUAGAGGAAGCCAAGGACAAAGCCCGGCGAAGAUCCAUUGGCAACAUCAAGUUCAUCGGAGAGCUUUUUAAACUCAAAAUGCUAACAGAAGCCAUCAUGCACGACUGUGUAGUGAAAUUGCUGAAAAACCAUGAUGAAGAGUCCCUCGAGUGCCUUUGCCGCCUGCUUACCACGAUUGGCAAAGACUUAGACUUUGAGAAAGCAAAGCCUCGUAUGGACCAGUAUUUUAAUCAGAUGGAGAAAAUCGUGAAAGAGAGAAAAACGUCAUCCAGGAUCCGCUUCAUGCUUCAGGAUGUCAUCGACCUAAGGCUGUGCAAUUGGGUAUCCCGAAGGGCAGAUCAAGGCCCCAAAACUAUUGAACAAAUUCACAAAGAGGCCAAAAUUGAAGAGCAAGAAGAACAAAGAAAGGUCCAGCAGCUCAUGACCAAAGAAAAGAGAAGACCAGGUGUUCAAAGAGUGGAUGAAGGUGGGUGGAACACCGUGCAGGGGGCCAAGAAUAGCCGUGUGCUGGACCCCUCCAAGUUCCUCAAAAUCACCAAGCCCACCAUAGAUGAGAAGAUUCAACUAGUGCCUAAAGCCCAGUUGGGCAGCUGGGGGAAAGGCAGCAGCGGGGGAGCGAAAGCGAAUGAGGCGGACUCCUUACGAUCAAAUGCCACUAGUUUGAACAGAUUUUCUGCUCUGCAGCCGCCGCCAGCAUCAUCUGUGUCUGCUUCAGCUACCCCUCUGGAGUUUGACUCUCGCAGGGCCUUAACUAGUCGAGGAAGCAUGGGCAGGGAGAAGAAUGACAAGCCGCCCCCCUCUUCGACGCCUCGUCCAAACACCUUCCUGCGUGGGAGCAGCAGCAAAGACCUGUUAGACAAUCAAUCCCAAGAAGAGCAGAGACGAGAGAUGCUGGAGACAGUGAAGCAGCUGACUGGGGGCAUGGACAUGGACAGGAGCAGUACCGAGGCGGACCGCAGCAAGAUGAGGGAGACAGCUAAACCAGAUGUUCCCACAACUCCAGUUCCUGAAAAGUCUACAUUGUCAGAGGAGGAAAUGGAGAGAAAGUCUAAAUCUAUUAUUGAUGAAUUCCUACACAUUAAUGAUUUUAAGGAAGCCAUGCAGUGUGUAGAGGAACUAAACGCACAGAACCUAUUGCCGAUUUUUGUGCGCGUGGGAGUGGAGUCCACCCUGGAGAGGAGUCAGAUCACCAGGGAUCACAUGGGCCAGUUACUACACCAGCUGGUGCAAUCAGAGAAACUCAGCAAACAGGACUUCUUCAAAGGGUUUUCAGAUACCUUGGAGUUGGCAGAUGACAUGGCCAUCGAUAUUCCCCAUAUCUGGUUGUACCUUGCUGAGCUGGUGACCCCCAUGUUAAAAGAAGGAGGAAUCUCUAUGAGAGAACUUAUCACAGAAUUUAGCAAACCUUUACUUCCUGUGGGAAGAGCCGGGGUCUUGCUUUCUGAAAUAUUGCACCUUCUAUGCAAACAAAUGAGCCAUAAGAAAGUGGGAGCCUUAUGGAGGGAGGCCGGCCUCAGCUGGAAGGACUAUUUGCCAGAAGGGGAAGAUGUACAUAACUUUCUCCUGGAGCAGAAGUUGGAAUUUAUAGAGUCCGACGGUUCCAGUUCCUCAGAAGCACUUUCAAAGAAAGAACUCUCUGCUGAAGAGUUGUACAAACGGCUUGAAAAACUCAUUAUUGAGGACAAGGCGAAUGAUGAACAGAUCUUUGACUGGGUAGAGGCUAAUCUAGAUGAAAGCCAGAUGAGCUCACCUACAUUCCUUAGAGCUUUAAUGACAGCGGUCUGCAAAGCAGCUAUUAUAGCCGACUGUUCUACUUUCCGAGUGGACACUGCUGUCAUCAAGCAGAGAGUGCCGAUCUUACUCAAGUACCUAGACUCAGAUACCGAGAAGGAACUACAAGCACUUUAUGCACUACAAGCAUCCAUCGUCAAGCUUGAUCAACCUGCCAAUCUGUUGCGGAUGUUUUUUGAUUGUCUCUAUGAUGAGGAGGUGAUCUCGGAGGACGCCUUCUACAAGUGGGAAAGCAGCAAGGACCCUGCCGAGCAGAGAGGGAAAGGCGUGGCGCUGAAAUCGGUCACGGCCUUCUUCACGUGGCUGCGGGAAGCUGAAGAGGAGUCAGAGGAUAACUAAAACUUCAAAUAUACAAAACGAAACAAAAGAAACAAUUUAAGUAUUUUUUUAAAAAGUUUCACGUCUUCGCCAAUCACAGUGCAGCAAGGCCAAUUCUCGAGCAGAAACCCCCACGUGUGCACGAGUGGGAGAGGGGAGAGAGAAACAAAAAGGUGAUCAUGGAGGAAAAAGGUACUGGAAAAAGUAAACGUCAAACCUGAGGGCGGGAGCACUAAACCAAAAUACAUGUAUUAUUUAUAGAAAAUAUUUUCUGUUUUAAUCUUUUCUUUUCUUUUUAAACAAGGACUCAUACUUUAAAAGAAACACAGAUCUGUUUAGCAAAAAAAAAAAGUUGAGAACUUUAAUUUAUUUUAAGGACUGCAAAUGCCAGUGUAAUUUUUUAAUUUGCAGUUUCUGUAAACAAAUUGUAUAAUAGAAAAGCAGAGAAAUAAAUUUCCCUCCCCUUCAGAUGCACCUCACUUUUGUUUCAAAGCAUAGUAGGUAGUCCAGCCUUAAGGGAGUUUUGGGGUGAGCUAGGUAAGAGAGAUCAUUUUUUGUUGUUGUUUUUUGGCAUCAAAUCUUUCUGCCUGCCUCUCAGCUUGCUUCAGAAAUUAAAAAUCAAAAUAGUAAUCAAAACAUACAUAAGCUUGGAACAGAAGGAAAUGCAUUUGAGAAAAUGCUGUGGACCAGACAGCUCCAAGAAUUAACUUGUUCAGAAAAAAAAAAAAAGUGCUACCCUGGGAAAAGUACUCAUAAUACUUUUGAAACCUUUAGAGCAACUUUAAGGCUUGUAAAUACAUAGAACAAAUAUUUAAAAAAAAAAAGAAAUUGACUCAAUACUAUUUCUUCUCACUUUCAAAAUAUAAAGAACAAAAUAAAGACAAGCAUUGCAAGUUUAAAGAAAAGUAAAGCGAUUUCUCCUUUUGGCAGCUGCUGGAUGUGGGCACCAUCUCGAACAGGUGCCAUCUUGGUUCCUUUAGGGGCCAGACCCAGGCAUCUCCAAUCUGUGUACAUAGAGUGUGUGUGUGUCUGUGUGUCCCCAACCAGGAAAGGUGAGCCUCUUUGGGUUGGGGAGGAAAUCUGGGCUUGGGCAGGAGGCCCAGGGCCGAGCAUGUUGAAGACAUCCAAUAAAUAGCAUGUCACUGCUAGGAUGGGAGAUGAAGCAGCUGCGUCCAGUUUCUUACUCUUUGCCCACCUUAAGUAUCAGGACUCAGGAACCCCACAGGCAUUAGCUCUGAUAGCCCUUGCAGCAGGUCGAAUGCAUGCAGCCUUUGAACCAAACGACCAACCUCCCCCUCUCCAUGGCCGCCUUUCUGACUGGUUUACCUCUUACCAGGCAGCCACCACCACAGCUUUUAAAAGUUUGCUUCCAACAACUGCCUUCAUGUUUAAGGAACCCAAAGACAAUCUGUAAGAGAGUAAAGAAAGCCACCUCAAUAUGUUUUUGGUUUUUUAAGAUGAACUAAGUACUAUGUGACAAUCACAUUGCCCCCCACUUGACCUGGUCCAUUCUGGUGUGUGUGAAGUCAGUGUGCUUUGGGCCUCGGGGUUUUCCCACAAAGAUCGGGUGCUUGUUUUGAAGGAAAGUUGCAGCACAGGCUUGAAAGGUGGUUUUCCACCUCUGUUGUCCGAGGGCUAGCACCGUGCAAAAAUGUGUUUGUUCAUAAAGCCAAACUCUUUCCCAAGUAAACAGUCUUUGUGUCUCUCAGCUGGAUGCCAAGCAGAGAUGAUCUUCAGCUCCCACCUCUGAAGAAAAUUCCACAAUAAGAGACCUGGCAAAACUGGGGAGGGCCUAGAAUACAUGUUUUUUCAGUAGCAAUAAAAGGUUUUUCUCCUGUGCUCGGAAUGCUUCCCCCUGAGCUAACAAGGGCAUGGUCCUGAGCAAAAGAAAGGGAUUCAUGAAGAGCUGUGCCCACAGAUACCAGUGAGUGACCUUGGCCGAAAAUGUGCCACCUAACACCUACAACACCAGCUGGAACCUGACUCGCUGCUCUUGGGCCUGGCUGCAGCCUUGGCCUGCAGACCUUCCUCUAGAAGGAGAAACAGCAGAACACCCAGGUGUUAGAAUAGAGGAAAUAUUCAAAGUGUCCAAAACCAAGGGGCAGAGUAACCUGAACCAAGAGGUUCCUUUGAGUGAUGUGGAUUUUGAUGGUGGCAGGUGGGAUUUGGGGGAAAACAAGGGGUAAAGUUGCUCCUUGGGAAUCAUAGUUGGGUGUCACAGUCACAUCAUUGGCUGUUGUUGGCAGGUCAUGAAGAAGUUGCAAUUCGAGCUGUUGGUUAUGUUCACUCACACCAGAAAUAGAUAGAUGCAAAUGUGAGGAGAGUAGAAGAGGGAGGGAAAAAAUGUUUUAAAAAAAUAAAACUCCAUUGAAAAAGCUUCAAAUAUAAAUAUGUUUAUUGUACGAUGUCAGUAACAAAACCUCUCAUCAGUUAUGUAAGGUAGAAUAAUGAAACUUAAAAGCAUUCUUAGAAGCAGGGAUACAGAUUUCAAUUUUCCUGUUGGAUUCAUGAUUGAUUACAUGAGAGAGAGAAUACAAGAGAAUCACACACAAAGUAGUAGUUUGUUUGGAUCUUACUUUAGAGAUUCAGUGCAGGUGCCCAGGAUAGCCCUCAUCUUGCCCUGAACUGGAGGAUGGUCUUCCCAGUUGAGAAUGGCCUUAACCAACCCAGAAGUGAACAGCCAUUACAUUCCCCCAGCAGCUAAUUGGGAAGGUCAUUUCUACCAAUAGGCAGACUUCGGGAGUUGACAUAAUACUUAUUUCAGUUAAAGAUAUUUCCUACUUGUAUUUAAGUCAAUUAAACCUAUUGCUGUUGGGUAAGUUCAGUAAGUUCUUUGAAGCAACAAGAUAUAUUAUGUCACUUUCUAUGGCCAAACUUAAAUGUUUUCAUCAGAUAGUUCUCAUCUCUCAGAGAUCCAAAAGCCAUUUUCACAGCAUGUUUGGUUUUUUAAGAAAACCAGUAACUUGUAGUGACUCCAUUAGUAUCUUCUCACCUAUCUGACUACAAAGUGCAACCUGCCUUUUGUUGUCCAACAGAUCUUUGUGUUGUUGCCUUCUUUAAAUUUGUAUUCCUAAAUGCAGCUUAAAAAUCAGUUGCAAAAAGCAAAUCUCUGACAGCCCUGCCUAUCAGAACAAGCAGACUGUUUGGAAAGGUACUGAAAAUUUGUUCAUAUUCAUCUUUUUCUGUAAGUUCGGUACAAACCAGAUUGAGAAAAACUGAAAAUAACCCUGUUCUUUUGGCCCUGAUUCUGUAUUUUUAUACAUUUUCUGGUUUUUUAUUUUUAGAAAAUACCUUUUGAGAAUAAUUGGAAUUUCGUUUUUAUAUUGUUAACCAUGUUAAUUGGUCAUUUGUAGAAAAUUAUCUUUACUGUAUUGUUGGACCUGGCCAUUAAACCCUCAUUUGAUCAAGAACAACCCUCUUUGCAUGUUAGCCCUCAACACCAUGGAACUAAAGAUAGAGGUUAUUUACCUUUGAUCUUCAAAUAGACUAUGUAUCUUCUUUGUACAGAUUUUGGCAUCACAUUUGCUAGCCAUCAGUUAUUGGAGUUUUCCUAUCACACUAUGGUGUUCUGCUGUAACCUCGGAUAUGACUGAGGCAGGCCGGAAAUGAAUGGCUGCCAAUAGAAUAGAAUAGACACCCAGUAACCAUAUCACCCUGCUCCAUUGCUACCCUCAUAGUUCUCAGAUUUAGAAAUCCCACAUAUUUUAGAGUCCUCUAAAGUGAGAUGAUGUACCGUGGACAGUUUUCAAAUAUAGUACUGCCAAAAUCUGUAAAAAUAUGAUACAAGGAAUAUUUGAAGAUUAAAGGCAGUUGACUCUGUCUAGUUCCAUGGUGUGGAGGACUAACACCUGAGGGUGGUUCUUGACCAAAUGUGGAUUUAAUGGCCAGGCCUAACAGUACAGUAAGGGGGUGGGGGGAGAAGACCAUUUUCUAUAAAUGACCAACUAGCAUGGUUAACAAGAUAAAAAUGAAAUUCCAAUUAUUCUCAAAAGGUGAAGUGACUUGAACCAGAGAACAAGAAAGAUGCCUUGAACUUCAGAAAUUGGUUAUAAGUUUAGGAUUGUCAAUAUUCGUUCUUUAGCUUUUAUGCAAACAGAUACAUGGAUUCCACUGUUUUUCUUUACAUUGUUUUAAGCACUUUGGCUAUAGUGACUUCAGAAAACCACCACGUUGGGUGGAUUAUUUUCCAUACGUUGUUUUGAAUGGAUGAGUGGAUUUUAUACAGCAGCUGGGAGAAACCCUGAGGCUGUUCAAUGGAUUGUUAUGAGGUUAAAACAUCUCACUGAAGAAUAAAA